CGCUGCCCUCCGAGCACGACGGCGGCGCGGUCGCCUCGCUGCGGGAGUGGCACGCUGCUGACGGCGCCGAGCUGGUCGUCGCGUUGCACGCGUGCGGCGGCCUCUCGGACGUCGCGCUCGGCCUCGCCGCCAAGUGCGGCGCCUCGUGCCUGGUCUGCACCUGCUGCUUCGGCAAGCACCGCCGCCUUUGCGCGGCGCGGGAGUGGGGCUUGCCGUGCGAGGAGGAGGAGAAGGACGUCCUCUGCCGGAUGGCGGACUGCGUGGAGGACUCGAUCUCCGACGAGGCGAGGCGCGUGAUCAGCAGCUUGAGGCUCGAGCGACUGCGCCGCACGCUGCGCCCAUCGAGCACGCUCGUGCGCGCAAGCAUCCGCACCUUCCCACGCACCUUCUCGCGGCAGAAUGUUGUCCUCGGCGCCGAGUGCGCGCCGUGCGCUCCUGUGUUCUGAAGAGUGAAGAAAUGCAGAGGUAAGGUAAGGUAAGGUAAACUUCUC